CGGGUUGCUGUCAUUGGAUAAAUAUCUACGGGGUGCCUGGCAGCCGGGCUGAUGUCGUUUCUUUUCCACCUGCGUCUCAUAUCAGCAUUCCUGACUCUGUCCCUUUUUCAUCCCUUUCUUGUUAGGGUGAGAUUACUUUGGGUCUGCUAGAGGGUUGAAUCGCCUACUGGCUUUUUGCUAUAUAUACAGCACUGAGAAUAGGAUUUCAAGGAUACUAUGCGCUUCUUCGAAAAGUCUCCUCCGGAGAUCACUCCAGAGGUGCACGCUACAGAGUCCUCGACCAAAGAAGUCGCGGUGGAAUCCCGCGAUGGCCACGGCAUCUUUUCCGGGUCCGAUCAAUCCCGAUUAAGCUUGGAAGCGCAAAACGAAAAGGAAGUCGAAGCUCAUCCGGAUGAAGUGACCAAGGAUGCUCAGCUGGGGGUGCAGAAAGUCGAAGCUGCCGCCCUGGUCUGGAGUAAGCAGGCUGUCUAUGCGACUUAUGCCUGGAUCUGGGUGUGUUUCUUCCUGUUGGCCCUGAAUUCGUCCAUCAGUGGAACGGUGAUCAACAAGGCCUACGCCGACUUUAUUGCCGCUCCACAGGUCAGCACGGCCAGCAUCCUCUACAGUAUCAUCGGUGGUGUGCUGAAAUUACCGAUCGCGAAAACCCUCAACAUCUGGGGCCGCGCGGAAGGUCUUGUCGUUUGGGUGAUUGUCUACACGCUCGGGUUGAUCAUCCUGGCUGCUUGCGAUGGACCGAAUUCCUACGCCGCAGGCUAUGUGCUCUUCUACGUGGGAUACUCGGGGAUUUAUCUCGUGCUCGACGUGUACAUCGCGGAUACUUCGGGUCUGCAAAACCGAGCGUUCACAUUCGCCUUUGCGAAUACCCCUUUCAUCUGCACGGCCUUUACGGGUCCGUUGGCGGGACAGUCGUUCCUGAAGGUGGCCACUUGGCGAUGGGCCUAUGGUGUCUUUGCCAUUGUCAUGCCCAUUGUCUUUGUACCUUUGGUAGUGGUCCUCAAGUACUACCAGAAAAAGGCAGAAAAGGUGGGCCUGUACAAGCGCGAGCCCAGCGGUCGCACCGCCAUCCAGUCCAUCAUCCACUACACUCACGAAUUCGACCUCAUCGGCGCCUGUCUCCUCAUGGCCGCCUGGGUCCUGCUCCUCCUCCCCUUCAGCCUCCAACAAUACGGCCGCGCCGAAUACAAAAGCGCCAAAUUCAUCGCCAUGAUCGUCAUCGGCUUCUGUCUGCUCUUCGUCUUCGCCGCCUGGGAAAAAUGGUUCACGCGCAAACACUUCGUCCGCUACGAACUCCUCCGCCAACGCACCGUCCUCGGCGCCUGCAUCAUGUCCGCCGUCUCCUACUUCAGCUUCUACUGCUGGGACCUGUACUACUACGACUUCUGCACCGUGGUCUUCAACCUCAGUGUUUCCAUGACCGGCUACAUGACCCAGAUCUACAACGUCGGCUCCUGCUUCUGGGGCGUCAUCUUCGGUCUCUGGAUCCGAUACACCAAACACUUCAAAUACACCUGUCUCUGCUUCGGUCUCCCCCUUCUUAUCCUGGGCGCUGGCCUGAUGGUCCAUUUCCGCGGCCAAGCCCACGGCGAUAUCAACUACGUGAUCAUGUCGCAGAUCUUCAUCGCCUUUGGCGGCGGAACCCUCGUCAUCGGCGACGAUAUGGCCGUCAUGGCUGCUGCGGACCGCGAAGGCGUCCCCAUGAUGCUCUCCCUCAUUGGCCUAUUCUCCAGUCUGGGUGGUGCGAUUGGUUACGCCGUCGCGGCAGCAGUGUAUAGUAAUAUCUUCCCGCAGGCACUGGAGACUCAUCUCCCGGCGGAGAUGAAAGCCAAUGCGACGGCCAUUUAUUUAGGUGGGUAUACCGCGCAGAAAGAGUUUCCGGUUGGGUCGGCUACCAGAGAUGCGAUUAAUUAUGCCUGGGGGCGGAGUCAGAUGUAUGGAUCCAUUGCGGGGACGGCAAUUUUGGUCCUGGGGUUUCCGGCGAUUGCGGUGUGGAAGAAUUAUCGGGUUGAUCGGAAGCAGAAUAAGGGGACGAUGAUUUGAUACCCUCUGGGUGGAAUGUGUGUAGGAUGAGUAUGGGGAGGGUGUUGGGUAUGUGGAUGGACUUGGGUUGGUUUUAUAUCCUGUAUUAGUAUUCACUUGGUUUUGAUUUAUUCAUCUAUCGGUGUUCAG